AUGGGCGACACGGGCUCAGCGGCGGUCUCGGCCAAUGAGGAUCCGCCUGUUGCGUGCGCUGCGGCUGCAGAAACGCCGGAGUACACACGCCCUCCCACCUCCCCCAAUCUUUUCUCCAUCCUCCCUCACCAUCCCUCCCCCAUCCUCCCCCCAUCCUCUCCCCAUCCUCCCCCCAUCCUCCCCCCAUCCUCCCCCAUCCGCCUCCCAGAGAGAGUGGUGACGGAGGCAUCAAGGGAAGUGGUGGAGUCGCACGGCAAGGCGUGGACGGGGGAGGGCGCGGAGCAGUGCAUGGGGAGGCUGCCUAUCGAAGGGGCGAGGGUGACCUUCCUUCCCCCAUCCUUCCUCCAUCCUUCCCCUAUCCUCCCCCCCCAUCCUUCCCCCAUUCCCCCUCCCCGUAUCUCCCCCCAUUCCCCCUCCCCCCAUCCCCCCUGCGUCCCAUCCCUCCCCCCCCCCUCCCCCCAUCCUCUUUCCAGAGAGAGUGGUCACGGAGGCAUCAAGGCAAGUGGUGGAGGGGCAUGGCAAGGCGUGGACGGGGGAGGGCGCGGAGCAGUGCGUGGGGAGAUUGCCCAUCGAGGGGGCGAGGGCGACCCUCCUUCCCUC